AUGGUCAGGAUCUCGGUUCUGAACGACGCCCUUGUCAGCAUUGUCAACGCCGAGCGCCGGGGUAAGCGCCAGGUUCUUAUCCGCCCUUCAUCCAAGGUGGUGGUCAAGUUCCUCAGUGUGAUGCAGAAGCACGGUUACAUUGGCGACUUUUGGAUUGUUGACGACCACCGUGCCAACAAGAUUGUUGUGGAGCUCAACGGUCGCAUCAACAAGUGCGGUGUUGUGUCGCCCCGCUUCAGUGUCCCCCUUAACCAGAUCGAAACCUGGGUCUCGAACAUGCUUCCCGCACGUUCUUUCGGUUUCAUUGUCCUCACCACCUCGUCUGGUAUCAUGGACCACGAGGAGGCCCGCCGGAAACAUGUUGCCGGCAAAGUCCUUGGCUUCUUCUACUAA